AUGGCGGCUCGUCAACGCACUACGACCGCAGUGGUCGAGAAGCCCCAGCAGAGCUCUGAGGCCGAGUUCCCUGACAUCCAGACCAUCAGGGACACUAUUCCCGCUCACUGCUUUGAGCCUUCAUUGUGGACCUCCUUCUACUAUGUCUUCCGUGACUAUGCCAUGGUCGCUGCCCUCGUCUGGGCUGCUCUCACCUACAUUCCCAACAUCCAGGACCCCAUCGUCCGCGGCGCGGCUUGGAUGGUCUAUGGCUUCGUCCAGGGACUCGUGUGCACCGGUGUCUGGAUCUUGGGUCACGAGUGCGGCCACGGCGCUUUCUCCAAGAACACCAGGCUGAACGACUGUGUCGGCUGGGUCCUCCACUCUUUUCUCAUGGUUCCCUACUUCUCAUGGAAGUUCUCUCACCACCGCCACCACCGCUUCACCGGUCACAUGCAAAAGGACAUGGCCUUCGUCCCUGCCACUGAGCCCAAGACCUCCAGGAAGCCUCUGUUUGGCAGCAUCGACCUUCACGAGCUCUUCGAAGACACCCCCAUUCUUCAGCUCAUCACACUUAUUGGCCACCAGCUCUUCGGAUGGCAGAUGUACCUGUUCUUCAACGCUACUGCCGGCAAGGGUAGCAAGCAGCGCGAGGUUGGUACUCUCGGACGCUGGUUCCGCGUCAGCCACUUCGACCCCACCAGUGCCGUUUUCCGUCCCAAUGAGGCCAUCUUCAUUGCCAUCUCCGACCUUGGUCUCGCCAUCACCCUCUCUGCCCUGUACAAGGCUGCCCAGAUCCUGGAUGUCUCCACUGUCCUGCUACUCUACGCUGUCCCGUACUUCUGGGUCCACCACUGGCUUGGGAGCAUGGCUUUAGAGUUUCCAAGCUAUUGUAUCGAAAAGACUAACAUGAACUCCUCAGUUGCUAUCACCUACCUCCACCAUCACCACGCUGAGGUCCCCCACUACACCGAGGAGGGCUGGACUUUCGUUAAGGGUGCCCUUGCUACCAUUGACCGCGACUUCGGAUUCAUUGGCAAGCACCUUUUCCACGGCAUCAUUGAGAAGCACGUUGUCCACCACCUGUUCCCUCGCAUUCCCUUCUACAAGGCCGACGAGGCCACUGAGGCAAUCAAGCCCCUGCUCGGAGACCUCUACCACAGUGACGAGCGUAACUUCCUGGGCCAGCUCUGGACCGUCUUUGGCACUCUCAAGUAUGUCGAGAAUGACCCGACUUGCCCCGGUGCUAUGAGGUGGGCCAAAUAA